AUGGCCGCCAUCACACAGACCAUAGCAAUCGUCGAUAGAUCCAACAAAGUGGUCAGUACAAGCAAACAGUUGAAAAAUGUCUUCAAGGAAGCGAAAAUUGCAUACCUCGAGCGAAAGGCGGAGCUUGUGGCUGAGCGGAGAGCCAAAGAAGAAAGACAACUGCGGAAGUCCAUGAAGGCAAUGACCAUGGCCGAAGACGCACGGUCGGACACAUCGCACCGCUCAAGCGGGCACCGCAGUCGAAGAGGAGAACACGGCCAUGACCGGGAGAGACCAUCAGCCGGCGGUCAUCACUAUUCAGCCGACUCGCUAGGGAGACAGGGCUUCAACCAGACAUACUACGCUCCAAGCACAGUGUCCGCUGUUGAUGCUCGUCCGAAUCUAGCACAGUUUAACGAGGAGCUAUAUGGCCAUUAUCGCUCUGCGCCGACUUCCCCAAUCGAUCAUCAUGAACGUGGCACGCUCGCUCGCCGAACCACCGACCUUCCUUUGGACUCGUCUCAUCCGCAUCGUCCCCCACCUAUGCGGUCACAUUCGACUUCAGACAUGGAGGCACACAUUGACAUGGAUCUUGCGUAUGGAGAAUUCCACCCCGAAUCACUCAUGUUGGAUCCCAAGGUGGAGCAAACGCUACAAAAGCAAGAGAUGUCCAGCCUGGUUUUGAAGUGCAAGCUCCUCAUGGAGGAGGCCAACUGUGCCCAACACAGUGUCAAAGCCAUCAUCGCGCACCUGCAGAAGAACCCCGACGCCAUGGCCGCCGUCGCCCUGACCUUGGCCGAGAUCAGCAAUCUGGCAAGUAAGAUGGCCCCGGCUGCUCUCAUGGCGUUCAAGACGGGUGCGCCCACGGUCUUUGCCAUCCUUGCCGCGCCGGAGUUUCUCAUCGCCGUUGGCGUGGGCGUCGGCCUCACGGUGGUCAUGUUUGGGGGCUACAAGAUCAUCAAGAAGAUCAAGGCCAGAAUUGGCGAUAAGGAGGGAGACCCGGUGGAUGAAAUGUUGGACGUGCAUGAACUCGAUCGAAUCGACCAUUGGAGACGUGGCAUUUCAGACGUCGAGACCGCGAGCGUCUCCACAAGCGUCGAGGGCGAGUUCAUCACCCCCAUGGCGGCCGCUAGUAUGGGCCAUCUGCCGCUACCGAGGGAGCGGGCUGAAGAUAAGCAUAGGGGCAAGAAACGGGCAGGUAGCAGGAGGAAGCACAGCGUCCUCGAUGAGGAUCCUGACCGUACGCUGGUGGGAAGUGACAGAUCGAAAUCACGCAAGAGCAGCAAGUCGGAGAAGAGAGAAAAGGCACUCGUGAAGGUUAAGAAGCCAAGUCCAUUGAGAAGGAUGUUCGCCAUGAAGGACACUGAUUCCUUGUCCAGGCGGUGA